GGGGGACACAUUUCUUCGGUGGAGCCUCUCACAGCGACCGUAAGAAAUGGGUGACUGGAGUUUCUUGGGGAACAUUUUAGAGCAGGUGAACGAGCAAUCCACUGUCAUCGGGAGAGUUUGGCUCACGGUGCUCUUCAUUUUCCGCAUCCUGAUCCUGGGCACAGCCGCUGAGCUCGUGUGGGGAGACGAGCAGUCAGACUUUGUGUGCAACACCCAGCAACCUGGUUGUGAGAACGUCUGCUACGAUGAGGCCUUCCCCAUCUCCCACAUCCGGCUCUGGGUCCUGCAGAUCAUUUUCGUAUCCACCCCUUCGCUAAUGUACUUCGGGCAUGCUGUGCACCACGUCCGCAUGGAGGAGAAGAGGAAAGAGAGGGAGGAAGCCGAGAGGCGCCAGCAAGCUGAGGUGGAUGAAGAGAAGCUGCCCCUGGCUCCAAACCAAAACAAAGGCAACAACCCUGAUGGAACCAAGAAGUUUCGCCUGGAAGGUACUCUCCUGAGAACGUACAUCUUCCACAUCAUUUUUAAAACCCUCUUUGAGGUGGGAUUCAUAGUAGGUCAGUACUUCCUGUAUGGCUUCCGAAUUCUCCCCCUUUACCGCUGUGGGCGGUGGCCCUGUCCCAAUCUUGUGGACUGUUUUGUCUCCAGGCCCACGGAGAAGACCAUCUUCAUUAUGUUCAUGCUGGUGGUGGCUUCUGUAUCCCUCUUCCUCAACCUGGUGGAGAUAAGUCAUUUGAUCUUGAAAAGAAUCCGGAGGGCUCUGAGGAGACCAGCGGAGGAGCAGCUUGGAGAGGUCCCGGAGAAGCCCCUCCACGCCAUCACAGUCCCCUCCAUCCCUAAGGCCAAAGGCUACAAGCUGCUGGAAGAAGAGAAGCCGGUGUCCCACUAUUUCCCUCUCACGGAAGUAGGGGUUGAGCCCAGCCCCCUUCCAUCAGCCUACAAUGAGUUUGAGGAGAAGAUUGGGAUGGGACCAUUGGAAGAUCUGUCCCGGGCAUUCGAUGAGAGGUUACCAUCGUAUGCGCAAGCGAAGGAACCAGAAGAGGAGAAGGUACGAGCAGAGGAGGAGGAACAAGAGGAGGAGCAUCCAGGGCCUCAGGAAGAGCCAGGGGUGAAGAAAGCAGAGGAGCAGGUGGCGAGAGAUGAAGUGGAAGGGCCUUCAGCACCUGCUGAACUUGCUGCUGAUAUGAGACCCCUGAGCAGGCUAAGUAAAGCCAGCAGCCGGGCCAGGUCAGAUGAUUUGACUGUAUGA